AUGGGGGAUGUGUGUAGAAAUAAAGAACCUGGUUCAGCGACCUAUCAAGUGGUGCUCUUCUGCUUGGCCGAAAUGUUAGCAUUCCCAAGGAAUGAAGCUUUUUGUUUCCUUUGGAUUUCUUGUGUUUUCAUCUCUGCAUGGGUUCAGCAAGGAACAAAAGACUUUCAGUGUGGCAAUGGGUUGUCCUUGCCUCCUGACAACGUGUGUGACUUCACAGAUCAGUGUGGGGACAAGAGCGAUGAACAGCAAUGCUCCAGUUAUGAAAGAUGUGAUUUUGAAAAUGGGCUCUGUAGUAUGACACAAGAUCAUAGUCUGCAACUUGUUUGGACAAAGAGAAGUGGGAUGACUGGUCUCUCACCUCCAUUUUAUGAUCACAAUGGUGAUAUGUCUGCCCACUUCCUCUCACUGGUCUCCAGAGUGGGUUCUACUUCCUCAGACUUAAGAAGCAGAGUUUUUCUUCCGACGAAUAACCAACAUGCUUGUCAGAUUGCAUUUUAUUACUUCUCCAGCCAAGUGAGUGGCAAAUUAAUGGCUGGCCUUCAAACCACAUGUGGUGGUCCCAUUCAGCAUUUAUGGCAAAACACAGCUGGGCUCCAGAAUCAGUGGGAGAGAAAUGUCAUGAACAUCCAGAGCAACCAGAAAUUUCAGGUUGUUUUUCAAGGUCAAAUAAUUUCAACUCCUGAACAGGAUGAAGUCAUAGCUAUUGAUGAUAUAUCUUUCAGUUCAGGCUGCUUGCCUGCAAAUGAUGAAAUUUUACCAUGUCCAGAAACAUUGAAUACAGAGCAGGAACCGUGCCAUCUAGAUACAAGUCUCGGCAGUUCUGAUUCUACAGAUGAAGGAUUGAGGUUGUAUCAGGUCUGUGGAUUUGAAUUUGACAUGUGUGACUGGGUGUCAGAAACAUCUGCUGGGCAAAUUUCCUGGAUGCGCACAAAAGCAAGAGAAGUUCCUAUGUUACAAUCUGUACCCCAGCAGGAUCAAAGUAGUGAUGAAGGUUAUUAUAUAUGGGUAGGAGCUAAGGAUACUUCUACUCUUAACCAUGUAGACAGCAGGGCUUAUUUAAAUAGCUCUGUGUGUCACUGCCUGGGCAAGAGCUGCCAUCUUCAAUUCUAUUAUUCCAUGGAAAACAGUGUUCUGAGAGUAGGACUGUACAAUAGUAAGGAAGAAGAAAUAUCUUGGAUAUACAACACAUCAACUGACAGAAAAUGGGUGAAAGCAGAGGUGUUAAUACCAGAAAGCCUGAAGACAUUUAAGAUUAUAUUGGAAGGGACUAUUUUGAGCCAGAAAGGUUUUAUUGGGCUGGAUCGGCUCUGGGUCUAUGCCUGUGCACUUGCCCCGUCCAGAAGGCUUUGUCCUACAGAUGAAUCCACUUGUGCCAAUGGCCAGUGCAUUGCCCAAGACUCGGUCUGUGACUCGCAGCAGGACUGUUCUGAUGACAGUGAUGAAGACCCAGCAACUUGCUCAGAUCCCCUCACAUGUGACUUUGAGUCUGGUUUAUGCGGCUGGGAGCCAUUUCUCACAGAAGAUUCACAGUGGGAAGUCAUGAAAGGAAUGGCAAGUGGAGAGACUCACCUUCCUGAUGCUGAUCACACAGCAAACGCAAGUCGUGGAUCAUUCAUUUAUUUCAGAUCCCAUCAAUCUCAAGGAGUAGCCAAGCUCGGAAGUCCUAUUCUUACAAAAGCACUCACUGCCUCUACCGCAUGUCAGGUAAUCAGUUAUUGGAACUUCCCUUGGCCACUCUGUGGUUGUAAACUGUUAGGCGUGGGUUACCUGUGCCAGUUGAUUUUGGAAGCUACUGUUUUAUCAUCAAAUGCUACUGUUGCUCUAGAUGACAUCAGUAUAUCCCAGGAAUGUGAAAUUUCUAAUAUGUCACUUCCAGGUACCAGCAUACUAAAGAAAGGUUCCAAAUGCGACUUUGAAGCAAAUAGCUGUGGUUGGUUUGAAGCAAUCAGUGGUGACAAUUUUGACUGGGUAUGGAACUCUAGAAGUAACCUUUCGGCUGAAUUUGAGCAACAGGCUCCACCUUGGGAUCAUACUCACAACACAGCUGAAGGGCAUUUUAUGUUCAUUCUGAAGAGAAGCAGAAGCUUGUCACAAGUUGCCAAACUCCAGAGCCCAACCUUUAGCCAGGCAGGAUCUGGAUGCACGCUUUCCUUCUGGUUUUAUAACUAUGGCCUGUCAGUGGGAGCAGCUGAGCUACAGCUACACAUGGAAAAUUCCAAUGACUCUACAGUACUCUGGAGAGUAUUAUAUAACCAGGGCAACCAGUGGUCACAGGUGACUAUUCAGCUUGGACGCCUUACUCAGCCCUUCCAUUUGUCACUAGAUAAAGUCAGUCUUGGCAUUUAUGAUGGAGUCUCAGCUAUUGAUGACAUCAGAUUUGAAAAUUGUACUCUUCCCCUUCCUGCGGAAAGCUGUGAAGAGCCAGAUUUUUUCUGGUGUCGACACAGCAAGGCUUGCGUAGAAAAGCUUCUGUUAUGUGAUCUGGUAGAUGAUUGUGGUGAUCACACUGAUGAGGAUGACUGUGUACCUGAACUCCAAUGUAACUUUGAAAAUGGAAUUUGUAACUGGGAACAAGAUACAGAAGAUGACUUUGAUUGGACCAGGAAGCAGGGUCCAACUUCAACACUUAAUACAGGGCCAAUGAAGGAUAAUACUUUGGGCACAGCUAAAGGACACUAUCUCUACAUAGAAUCUUCGGAGCCACAGGUUUUCCAAAACAGAGCUACUUUACUCAGCCCUAUCCUCAACGCCACCAAUGCAGAGGGCUGUACCUUCCGUGUAUAUUACCACAUGUUUGGAAAGCACAUUUAUAGGCUGGCUGUCUACCAGAGAAUAUGGAGUAACACAAGAGGACAGCUGUUGUGGCAGAUAUUUGGGAAUCAAGGCAACAGAUGGAUAAGGAAACACCUCAGUGUUUCCAGCAGGCAGCCUUUUCAGAUUUUGGUGGAGGCUUCAGUAGGAGAUGGCUUUACUGGAGACAUUGCAAUCGAUGAUUUGUCAUUCAUGGGCUGUGCCCUCUACCCUGGUACUUUGCCAGUGGACCUCCCAACUCCACCAGAAAUGUCAGCUCCAGUAACAUUACCCCCACACAACUGUAUAGACGAUGAAUUUGUUUGCAAGUCUGAUGGUCACUGUGUUGAAAAAAUCCAGACAUGUGAUUUUAGAUAUGACUGUCCUGACCAAUCAGAUGAAUCAUUCUGCGCUACGAAAGUUUGCAGCUUUGAAGAAGGAAGCCUGUGUCAAUGGUACCAGCCAAUCCCAGAAAACCGAAUUCAAGAUUCGAACACUUUCAGAUGGGGACUUGGUAAUGGAAUCAGUAUUCAUCAUGGGGAAGAAAAUCACAGGCCAUCGGUGGAUCAUACAACAAAUACCACAGAUGGCUGGUACCUGUAUGCUGAUAGUUCAAAUGGAAAAUUUGCUGACACGGCUGAUAUACUCACUCCUGUUAUUUCACGCAUGGGCCCAAGAUGUACCCUGGUGUUCUGGACUCAUAUGAAUGGUGUCACAAUUGGUUCUCUUCAGGUACUCAGCAAGAAAGACAAUGUUACUUCUAAAUUGUGGGCUCAAAGAGGACAGCAAGGUGCACAGUGGAAGAAAGUGGAAGUGUUUUUAGGCGUUCAAUCACAUAUACAGAUUGUCUUUAGGGCAAAGCGUGGGAUCAGUUACAUGGGAGAUGUAGCAGUGGAUGAUAUUUCCUUUCAAGAUUGUGCCCCCCUGCUUAGCCCAGACAGGAAGUGUACUGCUCAAGAAUUCACGUGUGCAAACAAGCAGUGCAUUGCAAAGGACAAGCUGUGUGAUUUUGUGAACGAUUGCGCUGAUAAUUCAGAUGAAUCUACUUUCAUUUGCAGUACCUCCAGUGGGCGCUGUGACUUUGAGUUUGACCUUUGCUCUUGGGAGCAGGAGCAGGAUGAUGACUUUGACUGGAAUCUGAAAGCUAGCAGCAUCCCUGCUGUAGGCACAGAGCCAGCUGCUGAUCACACCUUACGAAGCUCCUCUGGUCAUUACAUCUUCAUAAAGAGCUUGUUUCCUCAGCAGCCCAUGAGAGCAGCCAGAAUUUCAAGCCCAGUCAUAAGCAGAAGAAGCAAAAACUGCAAGAUAAUUUUUCAUUAUCACAUGUAUGGAAAUGGCAUUGGGGCACUCACCUUGACCCAGGUAUCAGUCUCCAACCAAACAAAGGUCCUACUUAACCUCACUGUAGAACAAGGCAAUUUCUGGCAGCGGAAAGAACUAUCACUGUCUGAUGAUGAGGACUUCCAACUUAAAUUUGAAGGUCGAGUUGGUGAAGGACACCAUGGUGAUAUUGCCCUGGAUGACAUUGUGCUUACAAGGAGUUGUCUAUCACCCCAGUUCUCCAUGAAAGAAGAACUUGCAGCACCUCUUCCAACAGGUUCCUGCCCUCCUGGCUAUUGGGAAUGUCAGAAUGGCAAAUGUUAUAAACCAGAGCAAAGCUGUAAUUUUGUAGAUGACUGUGGAGAUGAUACGGAUGAAAAUGAAUGUGGUACCUCCUGUACUUUUGAGAAAGGCUGGUGUGGCUGGCAAAACUCCCUGGCUGAUAACUUCGAUUGGGCUUUGGGAGUUGGCUCUCAUCAGAGCCUAAGACCUCCCGAAGACCACACACUUGGAAACAAAAAUGGGCACUUCUUGUAUCUGGAGGCUACUCCGGUGGGCCUUCAGGGUGAAGAAGCACACCUCAAGAGUGCCGUGUGGCAAGAAUCCAGCGCUGCCUGCACCCUAAGCUUCUGGUAUUUCAUAUCUGCAAAAGCCACGGGGUCCAUUCAGAUCCUCAUUAAGACAGAGAAAGGACUGUCAAAAGUAUGGCAAGAAAGUGAGCAGAACUCUGGUAAUCACUGGCAAAGGGCUGUCAUCCUGCUAGGAAAGCUAAGGAAUUUUGAAGUCCUAUUCCAAGGGAUCAGAACAAGGGAUCUAGGAGGAGGACCUGCGAUUGAUGACAUUGAAUUUAAAAACUGCAUGACUGUGGGAGAGACUUCUGAGAGUUGCCCGGAAGCCACUGAUUUUUUGUGCCACGACAAGAAGUGUGUUGCAUCCCACCUUGUCUGUGACUAUAAGCCAGACUGCUCUGAUAGGUCUGAUGAGGCUGAUUGUGGCCGUUAUACAAACACAGCAGGAAGUUGCCAUUUUGAAACUUCAGGAAACUGGACCACAGCCUGCGGUCUUACUCAGGACUCUCAAGAUGACUUGGACUGGGCCAUUGGCACCAGAAUUCCUGCCGAAACAUCUAGUCCAGACAUUGAUCACACCCCAGGGAAUGGCCAGCACUUCCUGUCUGUCAGCUCAUCUGGACCCAAAGAAGGACACACGGCGAGAAUCACUACUUCCCAGUACUUUCCAGCAAGCCUCGGAAUGUGUACUGUUCGGUUCUGGUUCUACAUGGUUGACCCCAGGAGUAUGGGGUUAUUAAAGGUAUAUACCAUUGAGGAAUCUGGACUAAACAUCCUCGUGUGGUCAGUGAUUGGAAGCAAAAGAACUGGUUGGAUGUAUGGGCAUGUCCCUCUCUCCAGUUACAGUGCAUUUAAAGUGGCAUUUGAAGCUGAUUUGGCUGGAAAUGAGGAAAUCUUUAUUGCCCUUGAUGACAUCACUUUCACCCCAGAAUGUGUCUCUGGAGGUCCUGUGGCACCUCAGCCAUCACCCUGUGAAGCCUAUCAGUUUUCUUGUAUCUACACACGCCAGUGUGUCCCUCUCUCGGGGAAAUGUAAUGGACAGGAAGAUUGCAUAGACGGCUCUGACGAAAUGGAUUGUUCUCUCAGCCCCCCUCCUCACCGCUGUGGUAAAAUGGAGUUCCAGUGCUCGAGCAACGAGUGUAUCCCAUCCCUCCUGCUAUGUGAUGGAGUGCCUGACUGUCACUUUAAUGAAGAUGAAUCCCGCUGCUCCAAUGGGAGCUGUUCUGAUGGUGCGUUGAUGUGCACUUCUUCUAAUAGCUGUAUCCCAGUUCACGAGCGCUGUGAUGGUUUGGCCAACUGCAUGGAUUUCCAGCUUGAUGAGUCCAGCUGCUCAGAGUGCCCAUUUGGUUACUGCAGAAAUGGUGGGAAUUGUGUAGUGGAGAAGAACGGUCCUGUGUGUCGAUGUGGACAAGGAUGGAAAGGAAAUCGAUGCCACAUUAAGGUUAACACUUCCCCUGAAGAUUUCACAUACACUCAGAAUAAUAUAUGGGCUCUCCUGUGCAUUGGACUAGCUUUCCUGAUGAUUCAUACUAUAAUCGCAGUUGUGUGUUUUCUUGCAAACAGAAAAGUACCAGUCAGGAAAACUAAAGGAAGUGUUAAAUGUGCAUUUGUUAAUCCGGUUUAUGGGAACUGGAGUGACCCAGAGAAAACAGAGAGUUCUGUAUACUCCUUCUCAAAUCCAUUGUAUGGCACAACAUCAGGAUGCCUGGAGACCAUAUCUAAUCAUCUGAAGUACCAUCCAAAUCAAGUAUGAUCUAGGAUAUGCAGUUUGUAGAAAAUCCUACUCUGAAACCUGAUAGAAACUCAUCUUAUGCAAUAGUAAAAAUAGAAGGGAUUCAGAAUACUAGUGUAAUUAUUACAUUUACAAAUAAAUUUUCUUACUGAAUAUAUUAAAUGU